AUGCCCUUCGGCGAUCCACCGGACUACGUGCAUUUGCGGACGAACGAGAGCCAGAUGCAGCUCAUUUCGAUGGGCGACCAGCCGGAAACUCCCUCCGGAUCGCCGUGCUUCAACGGCCCCUCUACGCGGGAGGAUCCGCCAGCUGUAGUGUUUAUUCCUGGCAAAGGAACAGCACGAUGGUGGCGAGGUCGAACAUUCUUGGAAAAGGUCUUGAUGUCAGCCGUUGUGCUGCUCGCAGCCCUGUCCGCAGUCCUUCUAGCUGUGAUUUUGAGUUUUGAUAGAAAAGAAUUUGCCAGAAUGCCUGUAAAGCCCACUGUCUAUCCAAAUAUAAGCACACCUAUAGUUACAUCUACACCUUCGUCAGUUCCACCCGUCUGCACAACAACGGGAUGUGUAAGAGCAGCAAAUGCUAUAAUCAACGCCAUGAAUAAGUCUGUGGACCCUUGCGAAGAUUUUUACGAGUUCGCAUGCGGUACAUGGAAUGAAGAUCAUCCAAUUCCAGACGAUAUGUCAGCUUUUGGAACUUUUUCGCAUGUUCGGGAGCAAGUUCGACUGCAACUACGGGUUUUGCUGGAACAAGAAAUAACAUCCGAGUCGAAAUCUAUCAAUAUGGCUCGAAUCGCCUAUAAAACUUGCAUGAACAAAACACAACUGGACGAAUUAAGGACAAGUCUACUCUUCGACACCCUCGCUGAGUUAGGCUUUUGGCCUUUGCUGCAAGAUGCUUGGAAAAGGAGUGAAUUUAGUCUCACAGAUUUGCUGGCUGUGUCGCGACGAGAAUAUGGUGCUGAUCCGUUUUUUCAGAUCUAUGUCUAUGCUGACGCAAAGAACACCUCUCGUAAUACUUUAUUUGUUGACCAAGGGAGUCUCUCGUUGGGAAGGGGCUCGAGGGAUUACUAUCUGAACACGACGAUGUUCAAGAAUCAUAUGGUAGCAUACAGGAAAUAUUUUAUAGAGAUAGUCAAGAUACUUCAAGAAGAUGCAGGAAUCAUUCACAAUGCCCAUACUGUCGAGGGUAAAAUCGAUGAAGUCAUCGCAUUCGAGAAGAAGCUCGCUGAAAUAAUUGUGCCCGAAGAUGAGAGAAGAAAUAGCACCAGACUUUAUAACAAGAGAAAAAUCGAGGAUCUCUACUCAUAUAUGGACGAUGUUGAAUGGGUAAAGUAUUUCCGCACAAUUGCUCCAUCCGAAAUGGUCAGUAUGUUUGACAACAAUACCGAGAUUAUCGUGGCAGAAAUAGAAUUCCUCAAAAAAGCUUCUGAUCUUAUCAAAGGAACUGAUGACGAACUUCUAGCGAACUAUAUUGUUUGGCGAGUUGUGCAAUCAAAUGUCAGGUUCUUGGACGAGAGAUUUGAGAACAUAAAGCAGGAUUUCGCGCGAGUGAUGACCGGUCAACAGCAAAGAUCUCCCAGAUGGAAGGACUGUGCUCAAGUUCCUAGUUCGGUGCUGCCAUUAGCUGCCGGAGCCAUAUAUGUACAAGCCCACUUCAAUUCCGACGACAAAAGAGAAGCCUUGGAAAUGAUAGAGAAACUGCGCGCAUCAUUCGGUGAUCUGGUAGUGCAGAAUGACUGGAUGGAUGAAGAAACGAAGAAGAUUGCUGUUGAGAAGGCUAAUUCGAUGAUCAAUAACAUCGGUUAUCCAGACAUCACAAAUGACCUGAAAAAGUUGGAUGAGAAGUACGAAGAGCUUGUUAUUCUACCGGAAGACACAUACUAUUCACUUAUGAAGAAGGCUGAAGUGUGGAUACAGAAAAAGGAGUUCCGCAAACUGCUAAAACCCUUUGACAGGCACGAGUUUGAUGUCUCGCCUGCUGUCGUCAACGCAUUCUAUUCUCCUGAAAAGAAUGCCAUCACGUUCCCUGCUGGAAUACUACAACCUCCGUUCUUCAGUGGAUCAUUCCCCAAAGCCGUCAACUAUGGAGGUAUUGGUGCUGUCAUAGGUCAUGAAAUAACACAUGGAUUCGAUGAUCAAGGAUCACAAUAUGACAAAAAUGGCAAUCUCCAUAAUUGGUGGAGUGAUAAGUCAUUCAAGUCAUUUGAUGAGCGAAGACGAUGUAUCGUUGAACAGUACGGAAACUACACAGUGCCCAGAAUCAACAUGAAGGUCAAUGGAAAACUAACUCAAGGAGAGAAUAUUGCUGACAACGGCGGUGUCAAGGAGGCAUUCAGGGCCUAUCAGAAAUAUGUGGAAAUGAAGGGUGAAGAACCCCGUUUGCCAGGACUUCAACAGUAUAGCAACACACAGAUUUUCUUCCUCAGCUAUGCUCACUUCUGGUGUGGACAAAAAAAGGACGCUGCCGCUAUGCAGCAGGUUACGACUGAUGAGCAUUCUCCGGAGCAAUUCCGGGUUUUGGGUGUACUUUCAAAUCUUCGAGAAUUCGCUGAAGCAUUCUCGUGUCCAGCUAGAUCUCUUCUCAAUCCUGAACAAAGAUGUGUGGUCUGGUAAUAUUUAAGAAAAAUUAGUGUUAACAUUAUGAAACGCAACUUUUCGUUGCUAUUUUCUACUGCAGGGAAUUGAUCUUGUACUCAAGCUUUCUCAUUGCUAGUUGACACGCUUGUUAACAUAGUCUACCAUUAACACGAUGUUUAAUAUAUUUCAUUAACGGAACUUCUUGAUGAAGGUACGUGUAUCUGUUUGGUGCCUAUCCCUUCUUUAAGAUCGAAUCGUAAGCAUAGUCAGUGAUCCCCUCUCCGUCCAGUCAUCUAGCGUGCAAUAUAAACGGUUAAUUUUUUCGUAAACAUAUCCGAUACGUAUUUAGUAUCUGAAGUUUUCACGCUGGUCAAAUUUAGCUUUAUAUAGGUGUACAGAUAAUGGUCUCUGAUUAUUAUUAUUCUGUCGUGCUGACAUUCUCACGUAUUUGUCCAUUGGUUGUUAUUCUGUUAUGAAAACACAAUCCUCAAACUUCUUGACCAAUUGUAUUUCUGAUAUAAUCAUUAAUGAUGAAUUUACUCAUUCAUGUACGAUAAUGUCGAUUUUGUUCACGC